AUGAACUCAAUUUCAAGGACUAGUUCACUUUUCAACCAGUUUAAACUUGGUGGACUCUUAUAUACGCGUACAUUACAUGUUUCCCAACGAUAUCUACAACAGGGCUCCCUUUUCAGCAAUGUUCGAGAUCCCAGCGUUGGAAAGACGAAUGAGGAACCUUCUCAGCUUACCAAACGAAUAAAUAUGACUUUAGAAAAUGGAGAUGAACAAACAAUUGAUAAGGGGUCCAUUGGCCUGAAGAAUGAUAAGACACUACAGGAAUUUAUAAAAUCUAAGCGACAAUUAGAGAGACCUGCCACUUCGAUUCUCCUUUCACCAUUGAAAAAACAAAUAUACGAGGAGAAUUGUAAAAUCAAUGGUGGCUUUUAUCAGAAGGAUACUAUUGUAACGUUACCGAACUCUGACGUGAAAUAUAAGCUGAAUUUAACGAACAAGGAAAUUGAAGUGUUAGAGCCGUCAGUACGUGUUAGCUCAUACAGAAUUAAAUCUUCUAUGAAGAAAGCCACACAUCUUCUUAGGAUGUUGAGUGGAUUAGAUCUCAAGGAUGCUAUAACGCAAUGUCAUUUCUCCGAGAGAGAUAUUGCUAGAGAUGUAGCUGAGAUGUUGGAAAGAGGUGUAGAGGAUGCGAAAACGUUAGGAGUGGAUCCUGAUGAUCUAUACGUUGCGCAAAUAUGGAGUGGUAGUGAUGGCGAAUGGCUCAAGCGUGUCGAUAUAAAAGGUAGAGCGAGAAUGGGUAUCAUAAGACACAGAUACAUUCAUGUGAGAGGAAUUUUAAAAAGUAAGAAAGUUACCAAACGUAGAUUAGAGAAGGAAGAAAAAUUAAGGCAAGAGAAAAGGAAACCAUGGGUCCAAUUGGCAGAUAAACCUAUUAGAGGGGUCACUGGAGGUGUUUAUAAAUGGUAA